AUGGAGCUCUCACGAACAGAGUAUCCAACUCUUCUGGCUUCGCUGCAACCAGAGCAAGCCAUAACAGUCCUCAACGAUCGCGUCGCCGUCAUCUCAAAGAUCAAUGACGAUAUCGCCGACUGGCUCUACGAACGGCGCAAGGUCGAAGAAGCAUAUGUCGCAGGAUUACGGAAGCUUGCGCGUAGGCCACAACAAGUUGGAGCAACCACCCUUGGGAUUUUCCAGAUGCCAUGGCAGCGCAUUGUUUCCGGUACCGAAAACCUCGCUGCGUCGCAUGAGACUCUUGCGGCCAAGAUCGAAAGUGAUGUCGAGAAUCCUCUGAGAAAUUUCGCCUCCCGAAACCGAGAAAUGCAGGCUCUUGUCUCAACCCAGGGGAAUCUGAACGCAAUCGCCAAAGAGCUGGUUAAUGCCCAGAAAAAGGCCUCAAAGGGUGGCAGGAGGGCUGACAAUGCAUCGUCCGCGGCUGAGGAUGCGGCGCGUCAAUGGGAGACUCAGGCGCCCUACGUUUUCGAGCAGCUUCAGGCGCUGGAUGAGACGAGAAUCAACCACCUGAGGGACGUACUCACACAGUUUCAGACCCAUGAGGUGGACGCGAUUGAAAAGAACAGACUUAGUGCGGAGUCCUGCCUGAAUGCGCUCCUCAACAUCGAGACUGCCGACGAGAUCAAGACCUUUGCGGCGAAGAACAGUGAAGGACGUGCUUUGAGAAGACACAGCUCGGCAACAGCAAGUGCAAGACCUGCCAGUUCUCAAAAUCGGGUUCCACCAACUCCACCUCCGCCCCGACAUGCGGACGACAGACACACCCAGCGUUCAAACUCCGCUGCCGGCCAGGAUACAUUGACCCCUCUGCCUGAAACACCCCACAAAGAAAAGCAUAGACUGGGCGGUCUCAAGCGUCUGGGCACAGUCAUGGGUAGAAGAAAGAGCGUGGUGCCUCCAGCGCCUCCCCAGUCGCAUUCGACAGAGGAAAAGCGACGGACCAGGUCCUUUGCUCCCUUCAGACGGGGUGAUUCUUCUCGGAGCUUCCAAGAUUUGGAGGAGACCGGAGAGGAUCUGAUCCCAAGCAUAUCGCGAGAUGACCGACCGACAUCUUCUAUAUCGCAUGAUAGGCAUCAUGCGUUCCCGACGCCGACGGAGCGGGAGGCUCCUCUUGCCAUUCCGAACGGUGUCACAGCAUCCCAAGCCCCUCUGGAGUCGAAUGCGGAACUUGCUCCCACUCAGCCUGCUUUGCUCGAUACAGGGGGUUCAUCGCAGACACAAGCCCCGCCAUUCCAUUCCUGGGGAGAACAGCCACGCUCCCCAAGCAGUGCAGCACCGGAGUCUCCUUUUGCAGGCGCUGCUGCUGACGAGUCGUCACGGAAUUUCAUGAUCCGCGACAAGCCAAUACAGGAAGACGAGAGCGAAGCCCAGCUCGCCAUGAAUAACAUGGCCAACCAGCUACGGACUCAAGCGCAAAACUCGGGCCUUAAUCGGGUCCAAGGAAGUACGAGAGGGCGGCGAGAUGUUAGAAACACCAUGUAUGUCCCGAGUCAGGCGGAACCUUUUGGAGCAUCGGCUUCUGCUCCGCGGCCGCGUCCAGCAGUCUCUAUUCCAGCCGGGUCGGGUUCGAGUGAUAAUGUGCUUGCCUCGCCCAUACAACGACCACUAGCCCCAGGCAUUGUGCAUGAAGAUCAUGGCCUGGGCUCUGAUACGACAUCCAUCCAUUCUUCUCGAAGUCUUGUUGGUCCAAGUCAACACGUCGACCUCCAUGAACCGGGCCUUAACGCCUCAGUCGUCGAAACAGUGCAUUCGUGGUUCACCGAAACUGGCAUCACCAAAUCUUUUGUGCUCGGAGAGGUGGCUUUUGCCUACAACGGUUCAGCGUCUUCCGACAGUGACCACGAGAUCGUGCGACUACUGCAUUUUGAACGGCUAGACAAAAUCGCUGCGAAUCCCAUCUUCCUGACCCAAGUCAAAUCCACUGGGGAGUCCAUGGCAGAGGAACAAGCCGGUUCAUACACUUUGACGACACAACCGAUUCGGAGACCAACCCCCAUGAUUGGCCUGAAAUAUCAGCUGCACAUCGACGAGAGCAAUCUUGGACGAUACAGCCCUGUACUAGUAACGCCAGCCUGGCAGAUCGUCGAAGGUCAGGUCAGUGUCAUUGUUCUGUACAGUCUCAACCCGGUCUUCGGCAGCGAGCCGUUGAGCCUCAAGAAUGUGACUAUCAGUGUCCACCUGGAUACUUCGGGAGAAGGGACCGGCAAAGCGGCUUCGGCAAUGAUGGCACCAACGCAAGGCGCCACGUUCCGUCGCAAGUUGUCGGCGGUGGUAUGGCGGUUCAAUGAGCUCACUGUCAAACCUGGACAAGAGAGGCUGUUGGUCAGAUUCAUCACACAGGGCGGCAUGCCUAAGAAGGGCAGUGUCGAAUUGAAAUUCGAGAUUCCAGGCCGGACAGCGAGCGAGAUCGGCGUCGAGAAGCUGGUCGCCGGUGGAGACAGCAAAGAUAAAGACACCGACACCGAUCCGUUCGCCGAUGAUAUCGGGGACAGCAGCGCCCGAGGCAGCGCGGAGGAGAAGAGAUGGGAGGUCAUCCCGACGCAUCUAAAGUUGGUCAGUGGACGAUACACUGCCAGCUAA